CCUGAUGAGCCUACGAAUCGCAGUUUGUGUGUAGUGCAAGCAAUGAAUCUCUCAUUCCUUCAAAACCUCGAUGCAAAAUGAAUCAGUCACCCGAUCCGCAAGAUCAACUUUUGGUAGCAAGGCCUACUGAUGAGGCUUCAGUGCUACGAAUCGAAUCACAGACGGAAGUUGCCAGUAGCGUGGCAUUUCAGGCAAUAGACGAUCAGUUCCAUGCUGGCAAACUGACGAGCACGGAAGUCGCCGUUUAUAAGGCACGUUAUAUGAAAGUGCAUGAAGCACUGAAAAGAACUCGGGAAAAUGAGUUCAGCCUUAUUCAACUUUCCAAACGUUAUAUGGCGGAAAUUGAGGAGCAGGAACAACAGCUGAUUAAAGCCGACCAAUUUCCGGACAAUACAAUCACUGAGCCGGCACAGAUGCGAGCUCAGAUUCUAAACUACUACAACAGUGCAAUGGAGACGGAUGAACGAGUGGAAAUGUUGCAAUACGAAGCAGGACUUCUCAGGGAGGAAAGAAAAUUGUUGAACAGGGACUAUUCUCGACUUCCUAUGGCAGAGCUUGAAGCACUAUCAGACGAUGUGGAUAUCUUUACAGAAAUGGAACGAAGGAUGAAAACGGUGCAGAAUCAAUGUCAGGAUCUGUGGUUGGAGAUCGACAUGCUCAAAAUGGAAGCAAAACGUUCUAGAGAACAGUUUAGGCAAGCAUCUGAUAUGGAGCAUGAGGCCCAGUCGGACUUGUCGAAUUUGGGACAGCGGAUGAACGAUGUCAAAGCCGAGUGGGUGAUAGCCACAGAUUUACCGGGACAGUAUUCGAAAGAGGCGGAAAAAGCGCGAAAAUACAAAUCGAAUGCCGAAAAGGAACUUCAGAAUCUACAGCAAGAAUUUACGGAAUUGUCUGAAACAUUAUCAAACCUGGAAUUACAGCUGAAUGAUCUUGAAGCUGAAGAACUUUCCAACCAUGAAGCACGUUAUCUGCAACGCCUUCAUGUUGCGGAACAAGACCGCAGGGACAUAGCUGAGGAAACAACCAAGCUCGCCAGAGAACGAGAUGCAUACAUUCGUCACUGCAAAAAGCUCCAGACUCAGGUCGAAGUUCUGAAAGACAAUGUCAAGCUUGUUGAACAACUGUACGACAAAGCGAGGGCAAGAUACAUUGUCACUCCACGUUAUGAUGGGGAAAUGUUGCAGCGGAAGCGCCGACUUGCCAGAGCCAUUGGUCACCUUCAGCAAGAACUGGAAGAUGAGCAUAAACAUACCGCCACCGAAGUUGCUCAUCUGAGCAGGACAGUGGGUGCUUCUGAACGAAGACUGGCUUUGAUGGAAUACCUGAGAGCUGAGAACUGGGAGCUAAUUCGGUUAACCACGACUUUGACUGAGGGCUUGGGUAAAGCCAUUUUUGAGUACACAAAUGCACGAAACAAGCAUGAACGCUUGUUGGAAGAUCUUGAGGAGAAGAACAGGGAAAUGCAAGAACAUCAGAAGGCCUUGGAUGAACUAGGAUCCCGUUUGGCAGAUGUAUCAGCCAUGUAUACAAAAAUGAAAUUGGAACGCAACAAGUGUGUCAGUCUUCUCCAGGCUUCGGUCAAACUCGCAUUGGACACGCGCGAACGUCUACGCAUACACAUGAACGAGGCGGAAAUCAUCAUUUUCCGUCUGCAACGGCAAGACCAGGAAUUGUUCCGGGAACGAUCCUUGUACCAGAGCUCUGUUGUGCAAAGAGAUCACAAGCGAAACGAAUUGUGUAAACUACUCCAUCUGCAUGCAGAACAAAAUUCCAGGCGUGAGCAAAUGAGACGUUCCAUUUAUCGUAUCAAUUCCAUGUUCAACCAGACUGAGGCCGAGACGUUAGGUGUCAAGAAAGCCAAAGAACGCAGCGCUCAGAUUCGUAAUGAACGUGCACUGUUGCUAAUUGAACGCAAUCAAGAAGUCUAUAUCCUUCAGGAGCGUAUUCUUGCACAAGACGCGGCUGCCCGAGCAGGCCAGUUGACUCUUCUGAGCAUACAAGAAGAAUAUGAGUUUUUGAAACGGUAUCGAAAUGAUCUGGCAAGACACGUGGACCUUGUUCGAAGAAUGCUACCAACACACAACAAGCUCUCUGCCGAAUUACAGGGACUGAUCCAUCAGCUUGUCGGAAGCCGAAUGGAACUCAAUCGACUUGUAGAACUGGCGGAAGACCCCGAUGUUCCCGGUAGACUGCGACUACUGGGCGGGAAGGAUCCAUCACAGCAUGAGUUGUGGAUCACUCUGGGUCGAUUGGAGCGUCGUAUGGCAGCGAAAGAGGAGGACAUGGCGGAGAAAAAUCUCACCUACGAAGCUGUUUGUCGUCUAGUUGACAGUCUUCAAGUACGGGUAGCUGCAGGAAAAGACGAUACACUCACACUGGCUACUGAGGUAAACAAAGUGAAGGAUAGGCUUCUGCAGCUGAAAAACUACAUCAAAACAAUGUAUGCCGAGCUGGUGGUUUGUGGCGCGGAAAGGAACACCCUCAAAAAGCAAGUUCUGAUGCUAGAACAAAAGUUGGAUAUCUACAACUUGCGUAUGCGUUACGGCCAGCCCCCGAGCCCAACGAUGGAGCAAAAGUGGCAAACAAACGUCCGAAUCCGAAAGCAUCGAGGAACCGAAAAACCAAAGAUAAAACCAAUGCGUCCUUCCGGGACACUGCCGAACACGUCAACCGCAGCGUACGGGAGGAAAAAGAAGGAUCCGGUCCUCGUUUGGCAACCAAUUGAAGAGACUCGACAGUCACGACACCUGAGCCAAAAUAACGAGAACAGCAAACUCCCCGGGGUCACCAAAUCAAACGGUGGAACGUCAGGUGGCAGAACAAGGUCACUAAAAAGGUCGAUAGAAAACAUUCACCUGCCCCCAAUCGAUCAAACAGAAACCACAACCGAUUUGAAUUCAUCGAUUAAAAGCUUGAGUGAAAACCUGAACAACGCCAUCGACAUACGCCCCAUCGGAAGAGGUUUAGUACCGUAUGUAAAGCAUUAUUUAAGUGAAGCCCGUCAAACGCACCCCACACACUAUCGACCCAAAUGGAAGGAACCAACCAAUCAGGACGAAGGUGAAGGCAAUGCAGACCCAACUACACCACCUCUAAGUUUGGCUGAACCGAAUGAAGACAAUCAGGGAUCCCGUUCGGCGGAUGACGAAAAGGAGGCAUGGUUUUGAGGACUGACUGAUCACACGGAAGAGUAGGACCUUUGGUUGAUCGACACCCUACAGAACCAUGGAAGCCAGUUAAAAGAAUCAUUUCGAGAUACAUGUUGUAUUUUUGACUAGAAAAAAACCAGACGAACCAAGCGUUUGGCUUUCGUGUUCAAAAUUGCUCAACAGGCGUGAAAAAUCAUAAACCAAAAGCGCGAAUUUUAGUAGAACAAACACCGAGUUUUGUGCAUGGGAAUGACAGCGUCGAUUUCCGCGGCAUGCUCUCGACGAAACGUCCACAGGUAGUUAUCCGCUAAAAUGGCGUUGCACGGGGUCUUUAGGUGACCUGCCUCAGCCAGAAGGUCUUUCACUUUCUGGACAAUCAGCUGGAGUACGGGGGAGGAGGAAGGUGGAUAUUUGUGGUAUGGAAUACGACGAGGAGUAGGAAUAGUACGGGUCUUGUAUCAGAGGCCAAUUUUCCUGUAAUCCGAACUUCUAGCAUGGUUCCUAUGUCUGACAAGGGCUACACAACUGCACAAAAAGGUCUGAAUAGUGAAGCAACAGUUAGGAACGGCUGCGUGGAAUCAACCACUUUUCUGGGUGCUGUCUGACCGAUGUGCUGGGAUCCAUAGAAGAGUGGAUAUCAAAAGAGAGGAUAAAGAGAAGUUAAAAAUUAAAAAAAUAGAUCGUUCGGCUGUAACACCCUUGCGGUGCCUAGGUGCCACGCCAACCGAAGGAAGCACGAGGGCCGGAUACUGCCAGAUCGCCCAAGCCUAGACAGGGGAAGUCGAUAUGCAAAGGUCGGAUUCGAACCACGGACCU